AUGUCCAACGGCACUCCUGGUGGCAACCUAGAGAAUGGUGAUGACGAUCAACUAUACGACAUCUUGAAUCUUCUGCCUCCGAUGAGUAUCAAACAAAUUGGAGGUGGAAUAAGCUCAGGAUUCAAUUCCCCAGAAGAAUACAAGAAUGUGAAUUUUGGUUUCCAGCAGUAUGACCAGGGCCAGCAGCAUCAUCAGAAGUUGAAUGAUAACCAGAGUCUACACCAGCAAAUGAACCAGGGGCUACAAGAUUUACAACUUGGACAACAGGUGCAAGACCAGGGCUCUGGAAACUAUCAAAUGGGCCAGACCAGUUCCUUCCAACAGAAUCAAAAUUAUGAUACUGUUCCUACUUUCAAUAUAGACUCGAACCAGGGAAUAUUUGAUGACUCUCCCAACACGCAAACAUCGGCAACGAGCUUGCCCCCACAGAUACAGGUUAAUAACAGUUCACUUGGGUCCAAUGGUAGUGGUCUCACUUUAAAUACAAACAACCUCCAACAGCUUAACACACAGCAACACGACCUGCUGCAAUUAUUACAGCCGAACAUAUCACACCAUAGGGGAUCUUCUUACACAUCACAGACCAACUCCGUGUAUUCUGACGUCUCGCUGAACGCUGCUAGUCCUUACAUGGAUGCAAUGUCGCAUUUCUCGGAUGCUGGCGGCAAUCCUCCCAAUACAGGUACUUAUUUCAACUCUUUCGAUCAAGAGAUAGCCCUUGGUGGCUCUAUACUGAGUACAAACUUACAACAGUAUGGUCAGAAUCUGUAUCAACUGUAUCAACAACAGGGACAGGUACAAUCCCCAAUACCAUUUCGUAUCCCUCAACAGGUGGAUCAACAGCAACUAGAUUACCCACAACUGCAAAAACUAGAACAACCACAGCCGCAACAGGAAUUUACACAACAGUGGAAUGCUGGUAACAAUUCAGACAUGCUUACAGAAAAUAACCUUUCUAAAUUCCAAACUUUUGGACCUAAAUCCGAAGAAGUGAUCAUAAAUAUUGAUGCUGCACCUGAAGUCGCAGCAGCCAAUAGAACUCCAUCACUUUUCUCCAACUCUUCGCAUAAUUCUUCUACCCAUAACUCACCAGGAGGUGGGUUGAAGAAGGAACAUCAUUCGGGUACAAAUUUGCUUCCAGGCGGCUCUCCUGGAGGUUUCUCGGAUUACUCGGACUCUCUUAGACCGGAAGAGUACCAAAUGAUGAAAAGAGGAAGAAGGAGAGCUCACCUGGUGAGGUCUGGUGCAAGUUCUGGGAGAUCCAGAUCUCGUUCUUCUUAUUUAUCUGAAGAUGAUAGAUCAGAUUUGGAGGAUGCAUCUGACAUGGAUGAAGAUAGAGAUGAUUACGAUGAGCAUGAAACCGGUGGUAGAGGUGGGAAAGAUCGUGUUUCGUCCCGUGAAAAGAUGCUUGAAUUAGCUUCUCCAAACCAACCCUCGAAACGAACACAAAAACACCCAUCUGUAUAUGCGUGCCACUUGUGUGAAAAGAGGUUUACCCGUCCUUAUAACUUAAAAUCUCACUUGAGAACUCACACAGAUGAAAGGCCAUUCAUCUGUAGCGUAUGUGGUAAGGCAUUUGCUCGUCAACAUGACAGGAAGAGACAUGAAGACUUACACACAGGCGAGAAGAAAUUCCAGUGUAAGGGGUUGUUGAAGAAUGGUGAACCAUACGGUUGUGGUAGAAAGUUUGCCAGAGCCGAUGCGUUAAGAAGACAUUUCCAGACCGAAGCUGGUAAGGAAUGUAUAAGGCUAUUAGUGGAGGAAGAUGAAAAGGAAAGAUUAAAAUAUGGAGAUCUGGGUAGCGGAGGUAUGGGUGGUUCAGGAGAUGGCUCGGGUUAUUUAAGUCCAACCAGCGCUAUGCUCAGCGGAGCAAAUAUCCCUCUGGUAGCAAUCUCACCUCCUCCAGAAUAG